GUAUAGUCCUGGGGCUGGCCUGGUGGGAGUCAGAGGGGCAUACGAGGGCGCUCGUCGCGCGGGUCGUGCACGAAAGGGAGAAGGAGCGAUGCGCGAGCCGGUCGCGGAGGGUAGCUGACGCGGAGGAAGAGGAAGAGGGGACCCAGCACCGAAACGACACGAGCGACGGGUUGGGCCGGCCGUCUGCACAACGUGACCUGCCCGAUUACACGGGGAUGAGCUAACCCGCCGCCGCGCGUCCAUCCAUCCCCCUGUGCGAAUCCAGCCGGAGGACUCUGACAUGUGACCGGGCGGAGCGCGCAACGUCGUGGUCGCAUCCAUCCGCGUCGAUCGGGCUACUUUCCCGCAGGACUCUCAACGCGCGGCUCGGUCAACCACGUGGCUCGGAUCUGCGUAGCCGAAUGUUGCGGCGGCGGAUCGCGGUGGCGCAUGGCUAGAUAAAAGUUUCGCCCAGCCGAGGAGAACCCGGGGGGCGGCAUGGGUAUGCCGCGCUUCUCCCUCAAGAGAUACUUUUUCUACGUGCUAUGUCUGACGGGUACGCUGCUGGUUCUACUAAACCUGCUGCAGGACGAGAUAUGGCACAGCAUGCGACCGCAUCCCGGCCAGCCGCAGUCCGCUCGAACUGCCGGCGCCGAUGGGCCGAAGAUGAAACCCGAUUGGCCUUUGAAAUCGAAGAAGCCGACCAUGCGAGUAUUACGCACUCGGGAGCGAGUGAAGAACAGACUUCCGUCCGAGGUACUGAACAUAAACGGCACCGCCAACUUCGCCGAGAACACGAUAGAUUCCCUGGACCCGUCGCGAAGGCCUUGGUAUAUGAAAGGAGGAUCCAGGAGACCCUUUCCGGCGAUAAGGGCCCGCAGCACCGGCCGACGGCUGGCUCAACUGUGGCCGGAGGAGAACGCUUACGAUGAUCGCGUGACGAAUCAGCUAAUGUUCGUGCCACCCGACUACAAUAGAACAGGCGGCGAGCAUCCUCUGAAGAAGAUAAUGGUUCCUCAUGGUAUGUCCGAGGCUAAAGCCGGUCCUGACAUUUUCUUCCAGCAACGCUGCCCGGUGAAUACCUGCACGAUUGUUCGCGACAAUCCGGACGAGGCCGAUCUCAUUCUAUUUAAGGAUUACAUCACGCACGUGGGACGGCGACCGCACAAUCAGGUGUGGAUGCUGUAUUUUUUAGAAUGCCCUUAUCACACGCAAAGCGUGAAGAACGCUCUUAUCAAUUGGACGGCCACGUAUCGACGUGACAGCGACAUAGUGGCGCCCUACGAGAGGUGGCAAUAUUACGACUCGAGUGUCACGCAGAUUCCGCAAACAUUUAAUUACGCGGCCAACAAGACGAAAAAGGUCGCCUGGUUCGUCUCCAACUGCCAUCCGCGGAACCAGCGCAUGCACUACGCCAGGGAGCUGUCCAAGUACAUCCAGGUGGACAUCUACGGCGCGUGCGGCAGCCUGCGCUGCCCGCGCUCGCAGUCGCAGACCUGCUUCGACAUGCUCGACGAGGACUACAAGUUCUACCUCGCGUUCGAGAACUCCAACUGCAGGGACUACAUCACGGAGAAGUUCUUCGUCAACGGACUCGGACACAACGUGCUGCCGAUCGUGAUGGGCGCCCACCCGACCGACUACGCGCACAGCGCACCGUACCGCUCGUACAUCCACGUGGACGAGUUCGAGUCGCCGAAGGAGCUGGCCGAAUACCUGCACCGGCUGGACCGCGACGACGAGCUGUACAACUCGUACUUCCGCUGGAAGGGCACCGGCGAGUUCAUCAACACGUACUUCUGGUGCCGGAUGUGCGCGAUGCUGCACGACGACCGGCCGGCCAAGUACUAUAAGGACGUGAACGAGUGGUGGCGAGGCGAUGGCGUGUGCACGACCAGCUCGUGGCGCGAGCACGACCUCGCGCGCUCGCAGAGUUUCCGCAACACCUGAGGAGGGAAUCGCCCGGGGGAAACGUUCGAAAGGCUCUUCCGGCGGCCAACGGGCAGUUCCGUGCGCGCGCGUACGUGUGCGUGUGUGUGUGUGUGCGCGCGCGCGCGCGCGCGAGUCCGCCCGACACGUUGCUCAAUUUGCUACAAACGAUUCCGAUUCUUCCACGAUAGAGCGAUAGGCCGUUGCCGAAGAGCGCGCACGGCAGGGGCAACGUGAAGGGGGCGCGUGUUGCGCUCGCGUCCAGAAGAGAGGAAGGAAGGCGGCCUGAAAAUCGGACGGCAGCCGUGUGCGCGCGUCCUCGUUUCGCGACCACUCGAGCCACCCUGAAGAGGGUGUUAAUAAGACUACCCUCCGUGUCGCGGAGGAGACGCGCGAUGUCCUCGCUGGCUUCCCGCGAGCUCGAGAGGACGACUCGGGAGCUCCUGGAGGAGCGCGGCAAAGCAAAGUGCGAAGUCGAUUUCGACUCGAUCGAGAAAGAUGUGUGAUGAGGGGGUGAUGAGAGUGGACGAACGAGAGGGACGAGCGAAAUUCUCGGAGAGAUUAACGAGCGUUCGAUGGUGCGCGAGGAAGAGUUACUCGUGAUAUUCUCUUUUCUCUUCUUUCUUUCCGGUUUCUUCAGGGGGGGGGGGGG